AUGGCUACUGACAGUCGAUUGGUUUCCAUGGUGAUUGAGAAGUGUAAGAGUGUGUUUGAGGGAUUAGAAUCAUUGGUUGAUGUUGGAGGAGGAACAGGGACUAUGGUUAAGGUCAUUGCUGAGUCAUUCCCACAACUAAAGUGCAUUGUAUUUGAUCUGCCACAUGUUGUUGGUGACUUGCAAGGAACUGAGAACAUAAAAUAUGUUGGAGGGGAUAUGUUUCAAGCAAUUCCACCUGCUGAUGCCAUUGUGUUGAAGGUAGUUGUGUCGUAA